GUGGAUUGUGCCACUGUUCUGUACCUCUCUCAAUUUUAACACAUUAUAUCACCCACUCGUUAAAAUAACAUAUAACAAAAACGGGAAAGACAGAUGACAGAUACACCACACUUGAUUAAUUCCUUAAAUAAAUUUUUAUCAAAAAAGAAAUUGUACGUUAUGCUUCAUUAAAAAAGUAAAAGUGUUUGUAAAUUUUGUAAAUAAAACAAUCAAAAUUAUUUCUAUCAUUUGAAUGGACAAAACGAAACGAGCCGGGUAUUUUACAAUGAUAUUCAAAUUCUGUGUAUUCAUUUUCUUAUUUACAAGUGUUUUAUGUGAUUAUCCAAAAAUUUUUGAAGAAGUUGGAACUUCAACAUUGGAACGAGAUAGUUGUAGUAUUGAUGAUUUAAUUUGUAAUAAGAAAAUUGAAAAUGUAUUAACUGAUUCGAAUUUUUCAAUUAGUGAUAUUUUGGUAGUAACAGUUGCGUCAGACUACACUGAUGGAUUGCAAAGAUAUUUGCGAUCAGCCAAACAAUAUGACAUUACGCCUGAAGUAUUGGGAUUGGGUAAGCCAUGGUUGGGCGGUGAUGUAACAUUAUAUCCCGGUGGUGGUUACAAAAUUAAUUUACUACGCACAUAUUUGGAACAAUAUAAAAAUGACAAUAAAAUCCUAAUUUUUACUGAUAGUUAUGAUGUAAUAUUUCUAUCAAAUUUAGAAACAAUAUUAAAACAAUUUUUAAAAAUGGAUGCAAGAGUAUUAUUCUCAGCGGAGGCAAGCUGUUGGCCAAAAAAAGAUUUGUCAACAAAAUAUCCAUUUAUCAUAAAGGGUAAACCGUACUUAAAUUCUGGUAUGUUUAUGGGCUAUGUACCGGAUAUUUAUAAAAUGUUAACGUUGGAUGAUAUUGCCGACACGGAUGAUGAUCAACUGUACUAUACGAAUGCGUAUUUGGAUGAAAAAGUACGGGAUCAAUUAAAAAUAAAAUUGGAUCACUUAAGUGAAAUAUUUCAAAACUUAUAUGGUGCUGUUGCUGAAGUACAAAUAACAUUUGACAAUAACGAACCAAUGCUAGAAAAUACAGCCACAAAAACAGUACCUCUGAUUCUACACGGAAAUGGUUUUAGUAAAUUAGUAUUAAACAGUUUGAGCAAUUAUUUAGCAAAUAACUGGAAUGCAGAACGUGGUUGUAUUGGAUGUUGGGAAAAUACAUUCAGCUUAGAUGAAGUAGAAAAUAAACCAAUUGUAUUAAUAUCAAUUUUUAUUGAAAGACCAACACCAUUUUUAGAGGAAUUUUUCGAAAAAAUUAUUAAUUUAAAUUAUCCAAAAGAUAAAAUUCAUUUGUUUAUACAUAAUACACAAGAAUAUCAUGCCGAAUUGGUAAAUGAAUUUAUAGAUAAAGUUAAUCAAGAUUAUUUAAGUAUUAAAUUAUUAUCGCCCAGUGAUAAUGUGGAUGAAGGAAGUGCUAGAAAUAUGGGAUUAGACAAAUGUUUGGAAACCAAAUGCGAUUUUUAUUUUAAUGUUGAUGCCGAAGCACAUUUAGAUAAUCGACAUACAUUGAAAUUAUUAAUUGAACAAAAUAGAACAUUUGUGGCUCCUUUAUUGGUACGACCGGGUAAAGCAUGGAGUAAUUUUUGGGGUGCUUUAUCAAAUGGAUUUUAUGCAAGAUCAUUUGAUUAUAUGGAUAUCGUUCAUGAUAAUCGAAGAGGAUUGUGGAAUGUUCCAUUUAUAAACACAUGCUAUUUGGUCAAUUCAACAAUAUUACAAAAAUAUUCACGCCAGGAAAUCAAUUACAUAAAGGAAGGAUUUGAUUCCGAUAUGAUCUUUUGUGAAAAUUUACGUAAUUUGAAUAUAUUCAUGUACGUAUCAAAUCGAAUGGAUUUCGGGCAUUUAGUAAAUCCUGACAACUUUGAUAUAACACGUGCAUCACCUGAAAUGUAUGAAAUAUUUGAUAAUCGUUACGAUUGGGAACAACGAUACAUACAUGAAAAUUAUACGGAAAAUUUCAAUCCAAACAAAACGGCUUUACAACCAUGCCCCGAUGUGUAUUGGUUCCCCGUAACAACAAUGCGAUUUUGUAAAGAUCUUAUUCACUUGGUGGAGUCAUUUGGACAAUGGUCUGAUGGUAAAAAUAGUGAUCCAAGAUUGGAUAGUGGAUAUGAAGCUGUACCCACACGUGAUAUUCAUAUGAAUCAGGUUGGAUGGGAUAGUCAUUGGAUGUUAUUUUUGCGUGAUUUUGUUCGACCAUUACAAGAAAUGGUAUUCACUGGAUAUUAUCAUGAUCCGCCAAGAUCUUUGAUGAAUUUCGUGGUACGGUACAGACCUGAUGAACAACCGUCUUUGCGACCACAUCAUGAUAGCUCAACGUUUACAAUUAAUCUGGCGUUAAAUACCGCAGAUGUCGAUUACGAAGGAGGUGGUUGCCGAUUUAUUCGAUAUAAUUGUAGUGUAACAAAAACAAAACCAGGAUGGUUAUUAAUGCAUCCUGGACGAUUAACGCAUUAUCAUGAAGGAUUAUUAGUUACAAAAGGAACAAGAUACAUUAUGAUUUCUUUUGUUGAUCCAUAAAUGUUUUUAUUAAAUUUGUUUUUUUGUUUUUUUUCCUAUAAUAUAGUUUAUAAUAUAGUUUUAUAAUUUUUGAGACUUAACCCCCAUCGAAUAUAGUUUUUAUUUAGAUAUAGUUACACGCAUUUACUAAGAGUUAAGAAUAGAGUCUAGUUUAUUUUUUGCAGAAUUUAGUACAAAGUAAUAUUAAUAAAUUUGAGUCAUUAUCGAGUUUUAUUGUUUCUUUACAUAAUAUCUAGUCUGCUUAAUAUAAACUAGGCUUAAUAUAUGUAUACGUGUUAUUAUUUCUUUGCCUAUUUCUUGUCUGGAAGUUAUCUAGCACCGUUAAUUGAUAUUCUAGAGAUAUACAUUAGUUUUGAAGCGAGAUUCAACUCUCCGAUUGCGAUAACACAAAAAAAUAUGUAGGCUCAAUUUUUCCUUUUUAAAAUUUUGCGGACCUAAUGAGUAAAAACCAUACCAUAAAAUACAUGUAAGACUUUGUAUAUAAACAUUUUUGUUGUAAUUUUUUUACGUAUUUUUUAA